CCCCACAGUCCUCGCGAGGCCUGACGGGAAAGCUCGCACGUGCCCUUGUCCUGUCAGCCGCGCACUGUCUGUUUGUCGGUGGACUGGAAGCCGAAGCUCUACAUUACCGUUCUGUAAAGGUCGGGUCGCUACUACGUGGUAAAAAUGAUGUCGGCGAGGUUUCUCCUUCGGCGUGCGGUGCCCGCGCUGAGACACGCGCGCUGUUAUGCUGACGCGCCCUCCGCUCAGAUGUCCUUCACUUUCGCAUCGCCGACACAGGUGUUCUUCAAGGAAGCCAGCGUAAAACAGAUUGAUGUCCCAACACUGACAGGUGCUUUUGGUAUCCUCCCAGCCCACGUCCCCACACUGCAGGUGCUCCGGCCCGGCGUAGUCACCGUCUUCAGUGACGAUGGUUCCUCUACCAAAUAUUUCGUGAGCAGCGGAUCAGUCACCGUCAAUGCCGACUCUUCAGUGCAGCUGCUGGCAGAGGAGGCCGUUCCUUUGGACAGCCUGGACCUCGCAGCGGCGAAAGCAAACCUCGAGAAAGCCCAGUCUGAACUGACGGGCGUUUCCGAUGAACUGGCCCGGACGGAGGCUCUGAUCAGCGUGGAGGCAAACGAGGCAAUCGUCAAAGCACUGGAGUAAAUGUUUUUUGUUGUAGGGUAUUCUGUCAGUGUGGAAAGGGUCUCCGGCUUUGUCUAUUCCCCACCCCAGUGGAGCCAGAAACCGCAAGACUUGGCUGCUUGCUUUGUACAGUGGAUGAAACUAACAAUAAAUAAAUUUGAAGUAA